UAUAAAUCAAUAAAGAGAAAGUGUCGUCCAAGUGUUUCUUUAAGAGCUCUUAUUGUUAAAAAGAUGGCGACUCUAUCGAUUGGAAGGGACUCAACAAAUCAACGGCAAACAUAGAGAACCGGUUUAAAAACAUCACAGCCAAGAACGAAGGAAGAACUUAAGAAAACUGAGGACGAAGGAACGCGAGAAAAAAUAAUUUGCGGGACAAAGAGAGAAACGAAUUUUCGCGCGAUCCUAUUGUGGCCGAUUUUCGCACCAGUUAUAAACACGUGCGAAUCGACACGAGUUUCGAGGCAUAGCGUUGAUUGUUAUGUAAUGUGAUCGAAAUUAAAAAUCAUUUCAAUCUCUCGAACUGUGUGUGAGUGGAAGAGAAACUCUCGCUUAUUGGAAAGAGGAAUUGCCGCUGAUAAAGAAUGAGUCAAACGACAAAACUGAUGAAGUGCAAGGAGCAUGCUUCGCGUAUCUACGACAACUUUGAAUUGAAGUGGUGGCUUCGUCGCGCUGGAAGCAAGAGGCGCUGCAUCAGCUGCAUGCUGCUGACCAAACUGAAAGAUGACCUGAAGAAGCUCUCAUUAUCGAAGCGGGCAGUACAUCUCGGGUUGAUGCAACUGGCGAGAAAGCCGCAUGUCAUCCUUGAUAGACGACUUGCCGACUGUUAUCGUAGAAAGAUAGAAUUAUCGCCUCAAGAUAAGAUUCCAUUGCAGUUGUCACAGAAUAGUCCUCAAAAUUUUGUAUUGGUCCAGAAGGAAAGAUGGCAAAAUGAUGAUGAAAAAAAAUCGCGAAGCGAGCCGAGAAGCUUGGAGUAUAUUUCUCAGAAAACCGACGAACAAAUUGCAGACGACAGCGUAAAUGCAAGCUCUUCUGUUACAACUGCAUCAUCAGAAAUAAGAACCUAUGCUAAUAAAACAUAUCAAAUUAAAAUCCAGGAGCGUAGCUUGCCUGGGAAAAAAUCGUCGGAUAACAUUGUACAAAAUCCUGUCCAAGAAAUGGAAGAAAAGAGUUCUCACGUUAAUGGUAGUACUUUAACAAAUGAUAGAAAUAUUUCUGCCAAAGAAAAGUUAGAUUCUCCCAUGUCGAAAAAUAAAUCGCGAAGCAAAUCUCAGAUUUGCGGACAGAAAUCUGAAAAUAAAAAUUUUUAUUCUAAAAAUGAAACUAUCUCUGCGAAAAAUAGAUCCGUCAAUAAGAAACAUUCGUCGGAAAAUAAAUUAUUCAAGACAAAUAUAUCGAUUCGAUUGAAGAAGCAUUAUUCUAUAAGUGACAUUGAUGUUUCGAAAAAUGAUAAAAUUUUUGAAAAAAAACGCAAACAAGACGAGAAAAAACAAAAAGAAGAAACAGAAGUAAAUCAAGAGUUCUCUUCGCCAAAAAUUAAUUUAUUAAAUUUGGGAAUAGAAAACCGCGACUAUGAAUCUGAAAGUAAUGAUAUUUCGUGUGAACGUAAUAUUAAUGUAUCAGGUGAUACAAUAAUUUCAAAUGUAAGAACUUGUUUAGGAACGGAAACUAAUGAUAUCACAAGUGAGAAUCAAGAUACAUCUAUUUCGAAUACGCAGACUUCUCGUGUCGAUUCUGAAUUGUUAUCUGAGCAAACACAUACACCUUCAUCUAAAAUGUUUGUAAAAACAGACAUAGAUCGAGACGAAAAUAUAAGAACGAAGCAAAUGGAUAGUCCACGUAUUGAAAUAGAUUCUAAAAUAGCAGUUAAGAGAAAAAUAUAUUCUAAAUCUUCGAAUAAAAGUGUAUUAAUGAAAAAAGUAAAAAAGGUGAAAAGGCAAAAAAAGAAAGAAACAUCUUCUGAUAGCUCACUCGAUGAAAAUUUGAGUAAUCUCGAGGUAUUUGAUGAUAAAGACUUUUCCGAGGAUAAAUUAAUCCAUAAUAAUGAAAGUGAAGAACAAAUGUAUCGGAAGAUUACAAAAUAUACGAAAAGAAAAAGUAAAUAUUCAAGAAAAAAAACAAAAUUAAAAAGGAAGAGACAAAAUAAAAUUAAAAGGAUACGAAGAAAAUUUCGUGACUGGUUCGGAAAUUGUUUUAGCCAAAGCGAGAGUAGUGAGGAACUUAAUAUUAUAUUGGAAUGUCUAGAGAGAAAAAAGCUGCAAUUUUUCUCAGACGAUUCUGAAAUGGAUAAUACAUUUAACGAUAUUACAACAGAAGAAGAUACUUAUGAAAGAGAUAAAAUAUCGAUACACUCAUGUGAUACGUCGAUUACUAAUUCGCAAAAAGAUACAGAAAGCGUAAUCUCAAAAUCAGAAUCCAUCAAUUCAAGUGAUUCCACUGUAAGUAUUGAAAACGACACAUUGCACGAUUUUACGAUGGACGAAGAAAUAAAUGAAACAACAGAUUUUAAUAGCGAUAAAAUAUCGAUACGUAAACGUGAUAUAUCAGUUGAUAUUUCGCAGAAGAAUAUAGAGAACACAAUCCCAGCGAAAAUACAGCGCCUAGAACAUUCUGUAUCAAUUGCCGAUGCAGAAAUCAUAAGCAAAAACGAUACAAAAUGUAGCGAGGAUACGGUUCAUAUGGAAACGGAAGAAAUAAAUAUGCAAGACGUGCGACAAAAUCAAGAAAAUAUCGAAAAUAUUAUUUUCGAAGAUGUGGAAAUGAAAGAAGUAAAUAUGCAGGACGCGCAAGAAAUUAAAAAUGUUGAUUUAGCCAAAGAGGAUAUGAAAAUAUCGAAAGAUAUAGAAUCGAAUUUGGAAUUAUCAUCUAUAUCCACGCAAAAAUUGACAUCCAAUAUUGAAGAUAAAAAUGACUACGAUGUAUCGCAAAAUAUCGAAGAUGUAUUAUUAAAAAAUAACGAAGAUAUUUCAGAAAAUACAACAACUGUGAUAACUGAUCAUGUUUCGAUAGUGUCAACAAAAUCAGAGGAAGAUUCUUCAGAUAAAAAAGAUGUCGUUAACGAAACCUUUUUCGCGCCAAUAGCGAACGUGUCUGUAAAAAAAUCAGAAAAUACCAGUGAUCAUUCAUCAACAGAUGAUGAUAUCAGCGAUAUUGAAGUAGAAAUAAAAAUAAAACCCAAAUCGAAAUCUCGAGUAUCACAAAAAUUUUCGCUGAAAGCACCAUUGUCUGCAGUGAACACAUACAUCAAGAAUCUGAAUACAUUUAAAAAUAAUCCAGACUUUCUUGACGAUCUCUUUCAGAUGAAUUUUAACACAUCUUCCGAAAAUUCUAGACACGAGAACACAAUCAGUGAAGAAAACGAAGCAAAGAAUACAUCGAAAAAAUCGCAGGACGUCAAUCAAAAUGUUACCACUCAAAUAGCAUCAAAUACUCGGGAAAUUAUAUUUAAUUCUAGUCAUACUACCAAAGAUAAUGCAAAUCAUUGUUCAAAACAACAGCAAGAACGAAGUUCUCAAGAUGACACAAUUUUUGAUAGAAAUAAAAAUGUGACACAGCAUAAUCAAGAAGAAACGAAUAAACAAAUACAAUCUGAACAGGAAAAGACACGAGUGAUAGGUGAAAAUGGUUCUGAGUUAAUCAAAUCUGCGUGUGAUGCGUCUGAUUUGGAAAAACAAUUAUCAAAGACUUUCUCGAGUGACAAAGGAAAGACAAUAGACGAACAACAACAAAAUUUUCAAGAUGAUAUAACUUUAAAGGAUAAAGAUGCGACGAAUCAAGCAGAAAAGAACGAAUGCGUACAGUCUGUCGCACGGAAAGAAACACGAGUUGCAGCUGAAAAUAGUGUUGAAUCAGCUAAACCUACGCGCGAUGAAACACGAGUUGCAGCUGAAAAUAGUGUUGAAUCAGCUAAACCUGUGCGCGACAUGCCUGAGAUGAAGGAACAAUUACCAAAGACUUCCUCAGACACUUCAGAUGUGAGGCGUAUUAGUGGAGUAAGGGUACGAACGAACAUGGAACUCGGAUCCUCAUGGGUUACUCCUAUGAAUUUAUCUAUGAAUUCUAAUAUAUCUAUUGCACCAAACAGUACACAUUCAGUAUUUCCUGUAUCAUCUGCAUCUGGACCACCGCCAUCGUAUAAUUCCUCUAUCAAAUCUAUGUAUCAUUCACCUGUAGCGAAUUUUUCGAGUGUACCAACUGAGAAUGUUCCUCCUAGCUUUAACAACAAUAUGAAGUUAAUACAAACCGCAGUAAGAAGCAUCUGCUUGAGCUUCAUCUCGUGUCGCAAUAUUAUUCGCGAACAAAUAUUCAAUGAGAAAAAGGUAUGUGAAAUGAAGAUUAAUAUAACUCGAAUAUGCCAAGAUAUAAAAACCUUGAAAAUGUUGUUGCGCGUGACAAAUGAAGAUUACAUUAUAAAUUACAUCAAUCGGCAAAAUUUAAUAAUUCCGCUGAUAUCAGCUGCAGAAUUUCAACAGUAUACGAAAUUAUUUGAACCCGUAUCGAAAUGUAACGUACCAUUUUGCGAUAAAUGUUUCAAUCGAAUCCCGCAACCUUCGAAUAUUAGUAACAGUUCAGUUCCGAAUGCAUCGAUGACGAACGUUCACGCGCAAACACCAUUUUUGGGAAAUGUUCCAAACGUGCCGUUGCCAGGUUCCAUUCCCAGAAUGCCGCAUGUUAGAGCGCAGUCUUCGACAAUCCCACGUCCGAGAUCAAAUAUCAAUCGAUCACAAUCUUGGAGGAGUACGAGCAAUCCUUUGUAUUCGAGGCAAUCUAUGCCAAAUAUUCGACCUCAGAGUUCACAUGUAGGCGUACCAUUGUCAAAUCCAGUUCCAAAUUCAAUUCCAAAUCCAGCGAUUAAAUCACAACAACCUACAGGAAACGCAAGUUACGUACAAAGUCAAUAUGUACCGACGAAUAUGGUGAAUAUUAAUAAUCAGCAGUUUGUCGUAAAUCUUAAUAGCAGUCCAUAUACAGUCCCAUCGCUUGUAUCAACAUCGAAUAUUAAUGUGCGUGUAUAUCCAUCCGUAAAUCAAGGGAAUACCGAUAUCUCUUCUACAACUGGCAUAAUGCAUUCGCAUAUCGGAACGAGAACCACCACUACUGCGACUAUCAAUUCGAUGCCUACGAUUAACACGCAACAACAGAACCAGAUUAUAUACUCUCAGAUGCCGUCUUACGUAAGACCGCAAUUACCGCUGCCCAUAAUGAACCAAAAUACUAAUAAAACGUAUCAGAUUAUAUAUAAUGCUCAACCUCAAACUUAUACAAAUAUUAACGUUCCGAGCAAUACUGCUAACAUAACGGAAAAUAUAACCACCGUUGGAUUUGGGGAUCGGUUUGUAAAUCCACAGACGACUACGUCAGUGUCCUAUGAAAAAAGUAUCCCAUCAAGCAACAACGUAUCGAAUAGUUUUACGUCGCAACCUGUACACGUUCAGAAUAUUUCGCUGAAUCCAAAUCAGCAGCAACAAAAUGUGCUACAUCAGGAACAAUCCAAAAACACAUCUAUAAUUUUAAAUUUAAUCAACAUGUUAGAUAAUAAUGUUCCGCAGAAUGUGCAACCAUCCGUGCAGAACAACAGAACGAAGAUCCCCGAAACACAAACUAUAGAUCCCGUGCCGAAUAAAACAUCAUUCACAAAACCGCAACAAGAUGUAUAUCAAAGAAUCCCAUCGCAAGAGUCCAGGACUUCAUCGAAGAUUCCAAUGUCACAGGAGCCAAGUAUCUUGCAAAAUACGAUGUUUAACACUGCUUCGCAAAAGAGCCAAACGAUAUUAAUGUCACCAAAAACUACAUCUGUGCCAUCAUCAUCGAAUGAAAUUGAGAGAUAUUGUUUUGAUCUGAGCUUUCUAACAGAGCUCGACAAAUAUAGAUUGCUACUCUACUUGCAAUUUUACUUCAAACGAUGUUCAUUUCCAGAGCAAAACUCUGAAAAAUUUCAACGGGAUAGAAAAAUGUUAAUUUCCCUUUAUAAAUAUUUAUCACGCAUUAUGAGUUACAUAACCAAGCUGGAAGACAAAAAAUCGCCAAUGGAUAUAGCACAAAAAGUAGCGGUAUUACGAAAUUUCCCAUUAGAAAUUAAAUUACUUCACAAUGAAACUCAGUGUAAUAAAAAUAAUCCAAUCUGCGAUAAAGUGCAAGAGAAACAAUCUUCAGAAAAAACUACUGAUUCGAACGCACCAAUAAAUUCCAAAUCUACUGCAGCAAAAAAUGAUUUAUCGAUGGAAGUGCAAAAUAGAGAGUUGGAUCCUAAAUCUAUACCAAAAUUUCCGAUAAAUAAGGAAUUACUUGGAAAAUCUCCGGAAAUAGAUUUGCAAAAGCAGAAUAUAGAUACGCCAAAGAUGCGUUUCAAGAGAAUCUUAUCUUCCGCUAUGAGAAAAGAAUCUGAAAAUGUAACAUCGUUAACAAGACAACAUUCAAACAUUCCGAGAGAAAAUCCGAUCCCGGAAACGUCGCGCAGAAUUUCGGAAACAGAAGCGCAAAACGACGCAAAGAUUAACACAAUUAUCAAAUCUCUGACGGAAAAUUCGCACGAUAAGCAGCUAUCGGAAUCAUGUUUUUCUCUCGCACAAGAUACACCAAGUCCGUUGCGAAUUGCAUUAAACGAUGAAAUAAAAGGCUGUGAAAAAAUUACAAAAGAUGAUGCUAAAAAAAUAGAUAACACAGAGGUAGAGAGAAUAUCUAAAAUUUCGAAUGUAACAUUAAAUAACAGAGGAAACGAUGUGAUAUUACAAUCCUCAUUUAAUUCAGAAACACAUAAUAAUAUAACAGAUAAGGAAGCUGUAAAAUCUCCGGCAGAACAUCUACAUGACAAACGAUCGUGUUCCUCUUUUGCACAGAGUACAUUGAACUUACAAUAUGAUAAAACGAAAAAUGAUAAUAUAAAUGUUAAAAGAUCUGAAAACGCGGAAAUGGCGAACAUAUGCAAAAUUUCUAAAGUUGCAGUAUUAAAUAACAGUGAAGGGAACGAAAAAGCGGCCUCGCAAAUUCCUUGUAAUAUAGAAGCUCGAGAUAAAGAGCUAUAUCACAAUGAAGCGUGUAAUCCCAGCAACAAAAUAUGUGGCCAAAAUUCACAGGAUAAAUUGCGCGAUAAUGUCAAAGAAAAUAUCGAAAAAUCCAAAUCAGAUUUUACAGAAGCACAAUUUAAUACGUCGCGUAUAUCACGAACUUCGACACCGCUUGCACCGAAUAACACGUCAGAAUUAUUACUUCCAACGAACAAGAAUGAAUCCGCACAAAAAUUGCAAGCGCAUACCGCGUGUAAAAAGUUUACUUUCGAAACAUUCUCAGAAUUCUUCUUAAACGCGCAAGAGGAUCCUACGAACGAACUGAUUAAUGACUCUGAGAAAACGUGUGAUGAAAGCUCCGAAAGUUCAGGAAAUCUGCAAAUCGACGAAAACGCGGAAAAAUCGAAUUCAGAUUCGCAAGAAGAACAAUGCGACGCAAUAUUGUCUUCCGAAAAGAACAAGCUGAAUACGUCGCAGGAUCUAUGCCUUAAUAAAACGAAGGGCGAGCCGAUAGAAACAUCACUGUCAUCAUUCGCGAAAGGUUUCGAAUUAAAAUCAUUAGAAAAGAAAGAAACAAACGUUCAGGAAUUGAAUGAGAAAUCAAAACAAAAGGAACUGCAAACUGAGGGAACAUCAUCUAAAGUUCUGGAGGAUACAUCCAGAGCGUCAAGUACGGCACAAUCGAUUGACAUCGUGAAGCAAUUUGAAGAUAUAAGAGAGAACCAAGUACAAAUAGAUACGCAUAGUGGCGUUAAAGCGAUUAAUGAACUGCUCAAACACGUGUCUGAUAAGUAUUACGGGAAACCGAGAACCUCUUCGUGUAAUCCUAAGAGCAACGCUAUAAAUAUAAAUAUAAAUGAAACCCCAAAAAGUGUCAUUUCGAACGUCAUUGCCAAUGUUGCUAGCCCUGCGAAAAGCGAAAAUGAUGAUGAAAAUUCCGAUAUCGGAUUAAAUAUUCUGAAUAUCACGAGCAUAUCAUCAUCAUUAUUUGAGGAGAUGGAAAAUUCCGAUCUCUUUCAAAAUAGUUUUGCAUUGUUGAAUGAGAUGGAAGAUAAAGAAUUAUCAUAUGUAAACAUGCGGAAUCAUUCAGAAGUCGCUAAUUCCGUUUCAUCGAAUGAGAUGAAGCAAGAAGAGUCAUCGAAUGUAAAUGAAAAUCCGGAAGUCCCUAAUUCCGUGUCAUUGAAUGAAACGAAGAAAGAAAUGUCGGACGUAAAUGAUAAUCCGAAAGUUUUUGAUUCCACAUUAUUGAAUAAAAUAAAGAUGAAAGAGUUAGAUAUGAAUAAUACGAAAGUUCCUAACUCAGCAAUUAGUGAGAUGGAGGAAGAAAUGUUAUUGGACGAAAAUCUGGAAGCCCUUUGCUCUGCAUCGUUGAAUGAAAUAAAGAUAGAAGAAUUGGAUAUAAUUGAUAAUCCGGAACUUCCUGAUUCAGCGUCAUUGACCGAAAUGAAGGAAGAAAAAUCAUCGGUCGUAAAUGAUAAUCCGGAAGUUUCUGACUCCACAUUAUUGAAUAAAAUAAAGAUAGAAGAGUCGUUGGAUAUGAACAAUCCGAAAGUUCCUAACUCAGCAAUGAGUGAGAUGGAGGAAGAAAUGUCAUUGGUCGUGGACGAAAAUCUGGAAGCCCUUUGCUCUGCAUCGUUGAAUGAAAUAAAGAUAGAAGAAUUGGACAUAAUUGAUAAUCCGGAACUCCCUGAUUCAGCGUCAUUGAACGAAAUGAAGGAAAAAAAAUCAUCGGUCGUAAAUGAUAAUCCGGAAGUUUCUGACUCCACAUUAUUGAAUAAAAUAAAGAUAGAAGAGUCGUUGGAUAUGAACAAUCCGAAUGUUCCUAACAAUGCAAUCUCCGCAAUGAACGAGACAAAGGAAGAAAUGCCGUUGGUCGUGGACGAAAAUCUGGAAGAAAUCCUUUGCUGUGCAUUGAACGCGUUGAAUGAAAUAAAGAUAGAAGAGUUGGACAUAAUUGAUGAUAAUCCAGAACUCCCUGAUUCAACCUCAUUGAAUGAAAUAAAGGAAGAAAAAUCAUCGGUCGUAAAUGACAAUUUGGGAGUCAAUAAUUUUGUGUGGUUGCCUGAGAUGAUAGAAGAGAAGUCAUUGAACGUGAACGAUAAUCCAGAAAUCUUUAAUUCUACGUCGCUAAAUGAGAUAGAGGAAAAAAAAUCGUUAGAUGUCAACAACAUUCCGGAAGUCUCUAACUUUGCGUCAUUAAAUGAGGUAGAGCAAAGAAAAUCGUUGGAUGUCGACAACAUUCCGGAAGUCUCUAACUGUACGUCGUUGAAUGAGGUAAAGGAAAAGAAAUCAUCAGACAACAUUCCCGAAGAUGGACUAGAUGAGAUGGAAAACAGACCGUGUUUACGUUGUAAACGCAAGAGCACAGUAUGUUGUCAGGCCUGUUUGGAGGCUCAUUACUGCUCCAAACGUUGUUCGGAUUUGCAUUGGAGAGCAAUUCAUUACAAGCAAUGUAAGAACCUCUACAAGUCAAUUAUCUGUAUUGAUUUAUAAUUUUUGAAGAUUCUUAUUUAUGUUCGUUUUGAAUAUGAAGUUCAGUUGGAAUGUAGAGUGAUUUUUUUUUUAAUAUAUCAAAUAGACGAUAUUUGUUUGAGCUUGACUAAUCAGUAUCUUACUUGUUGCAUUGUUACUGUGUUCAAAAAAUAUAAUGAUUGUUUGACAAAAUUAUUUUUUUAUAAUUAAAAUUUUCUAAAGCUUAAAUUAUAUGCAAUGCUGUAGGAUGAUUCGUACAGGAAGUUGUCGAUUCGAAGUUGUUUUUCUCUCUUACAAGAUUGAUAAUAAAAAAAGUAUAAUACAUAAGAAAAUGUCGAAAGACAUAACUGUUUAAUUUUCUUUUAUGUUAUUUUUUCCAAGUAUGCAAUUUCUUUUCUAUGCGCGUACGAGUAUGGGAGGAAGGAGAGAAAGAGAGAAAGAACGAUAGAA